CACUUGUUUAGCUUUCCUCAACCUUCAAGGCUGCGUCAAUGAAUAAAGUUGUGCUACAGGUGGAACUGCUGGAUGACAAAACUAAGAAAAAAGCCAUGAAGGCAGUCUCCAAAAUUUCAGGAGUUGAAUCAGUGUCAAUGGAGAUGAAGGAGCAGAAAUUAACCUUAAUUGGAGACAUGGACGCUGUGGUUGUAGUGGAGAAGCUGAGGAAGCUGUGUUACACCGAGAUACUCUCUUAUGGACCCGCCAAGGUAGAGAAAAAGGAAAAUAAAAAAGAGAAGGAGCCGGAGAAGAAGAAUAUAGAUCAAACUCAGAAUAUUGCUGAUAUUUUGAAGACCUACGAAACCUACCAUAACCAUUAUCAUUACACUAGUCACGUUGAAGAGAAUCCUAAUGCGUGUGUGAUUUGCUAAGUUCAUUUCAGAACAUCAUGCGAACUCGAUAGAAAAUAAGCGUACAAAAGUACAUGGUUGUUCGAAGUUGUAGUGGUCAGCAUUUGAAUAUCACCUUCCAUUGCUGUCUGUUAUUUCUUUCAGAGAAGAAGAGAUCCGGUAAUAAUGGUGUAAUUAUUAUGCCAUA